UCAAGUAAAAUAAGAUCCCUCAUUCAGCAGACGCACAGUAGUGAGGAACACACAGGUUUGUCCUGCACUGGAUCUCAGAAUUUCUUCAGCGUUCACUUGUUAGCAUUAAACUACACACACUUCUACUAUGGCUCCCAAAGUGCUGAGCUUCAUCACUGACUUCUUUGUCUAUGAAACAGCCAAAUCAGUCGUGGUGAAGAGCUGGUCUGUUGGAAUCAUCAACCGUGUCGUCCAGCUGUUAAUUAUUCUGUAUUUCAUCUGUUGGGUGUUCAUGCAUGAAAAAGGACAUCAGCUCCGGGACACUGGGAUUGAGUCUGCGGUUAUGACCAAAGUGAAGGGCUUGGGCAAUUUCUCUAACCGUGUGAUGGACACAGCAGACUAUGUAGUUCCAUCACAGGGUGCUUCAGUGUUCUCUGUUAUCACCAAAAUGGUCGUCACAGCCAAUCAGACGCAAGGACGGUGCCCUGAGACUGACGACAAGUUUAAAUGCAGUACUGAUGCUCAGUGCAUUAAGCAACUCGACUCACAUUUAGGGAAUGGUAUUAUAACAGGCACAUGCUUGAACAAUAAUGUUACAAAUGGCACUACAGGAUGGUGUGAAAUUGAAGGCUGGUGCCCUGCAGAAAAUGACAAGAUUACUGUAAUGCCAAUGAAAGAAGUGGAGAACUUCACCAUCUUCAUCAAAAACAGCAUUCGCUUCCCUCUGUUCAAUGUCACUAGGGGCAAUUUCCCUUCGAGCAUAAACCAGUCUUACAUUAAGAACUGUAAUUAUGACCCAGUGAACAAUCUGUUCUGUCCAAUCUUCAAAGUGGGAGAUAUCCUGAGACACAUCAAUCAAAGUUUGGACAGCAUCACUGAUAUUGGAGGAGAGAUUGGAAUUAACAUCAAUUGGAAGUGUAAUCUUGACUAUGAUGUGGAGAACUGCAAACCCAAGUACUUCUUCACCCGCCUGGAUGCUCCUUUUGAGCACAGCAAUGCCUCUAAAGGAUAUAACUUCAGGUUUGCUAAAUACUAUCAGUCUGAAGAUGGGACUGAGUAUCGAACGCUUCAUAAAGCUUUUGCUAUCCGAUUUGAAAUAAUAGUGUCUGGCAAUGCUGGAAAGUUUAGCACUGUGCCAUUUAUGAUUAAUUUGGUCACAGCUUUCACUUCAGUGGGAUUGGCUACAGUGUUCUGUGACAUCAUCCUUCUCAACUUUCAUAAAGGAGCGGACGAGUACAAAGCAAAGAAAUUUGAAGAGGUGUCAGGCAUUGUGUCAGAGUCAGGGGACAGCAGACCCUACCAGGGAAGCCAUGCGUCAAUCAAAGCAUUGGAGAAGACCUUAAAUGACUCGGGGACCUUUUCUAUUGGACGACAGGAGUGAGUCACGCGGUCCAAUAAACCCAUGAGCCUUUUAAAUAAUUCGACUACUUAUUUCUAGAUUCAUAAUUAAUUGCAGUUCUUCAAGUAAUAGUAUAAAUAUCUUAGUUUGUUUUAAGUCUGUGAACCUUUAGAGCUGUUUAUGAAUUGAUAUAAAGACAUUCUUCACUCAAACCCAAACCCUCAGAAAACACACAUAUACACUACCAGUCAAAUGUCUGUAAACACCUGCUCAUUUUUUAUUCUUAUUUUCUGCAUUUUAGAAUAAAAAUCAAUUCUAAACUAUAUGACUAUAUAGUAAUAACACAAAUGUAAGUAUGAGAAUUACGUAUAACCCAAAAAUGUUAAACAAUCAAAAACAUCUUAUUUAUCCUAUAUUUGAGCUCGAAGGAGUUUCUGUGUUUGCUGGACACUUGUUGGCUGUUUUACAGUUUUUAUCAACAUAUUGUUUUUUAAAGAAAUUUUUCACAAAUUAUAUUUGUCUACAGAAUUAAAUUUUAAGCAUUUAAGUCUUUUAGAAGAUCAAAAAUGAGUAUUUUAGUUAAACCUUUGACUGAGAGUGUACACUUAAGAACAAUAAUUAAAGGGUUAGUUCACCCAAAAAUGAAAAUUCUGUCAUUAAUUACUCACUCUCAUGUCGUUCCACACCCGUAAGACCUUAGUUCAUCUUCGGAACACAAAUUAAGAUAUUUUUGAUAAAAUCUAAUGGCUCAGUGCAUUGCCAGCAAGAUUAUUUCCUUUUUCAAUGCCCAGAAAGACAUAUUUAAAACAGUUCAUGUGACUACAGUAGUUCAACCUUAAUAUUAUACUUUGGCAGUUUGAUACGCGCUCCGAACCACUGAUUUGAAAUGCUUCGAAGCUUCAUGAAGCAGUGUUUUGAAAUCGCCCAUCACUAUAUAUUGUUGAAUAAAAGUUGCUCUUUUUUUUUUUUUUUUGGUGCACAAAAAGUAUUCUCAUCACUUCAUAACAUUAAGAUUGAACCACUGUACUCGCAUGAACUGUUUUAAAUAUGUUUUUAGUAGCUUUAUGAGCAUUGAAAAAGGAAAUGAUCUUGCUGGCAAGAUCACUGAGCCAUCGGAUUUUAUCAAAAAUAUCUUAAUUUGUGUUUCUAAGAUGAACGAAGGCCUUGUGGGUGUGGAACGACAUGAGGGUGAGUAAUUAAUGACAGAAUUUUCAUUUUUGGGUGAAUUAACCCUUUAAGCAGCAGCAAAUGAAAUGACAAACAAAGAACAGUAAUUUAUUUAUUAAGUAACAUAAAAAUGAUGAUAUGUAAGUAUAUAAACACUAUCCUUUCAGAAACUAAACGUGCAUUCAGUAUUCAUGGAUAUUUUGUGUGUUUAGUGUGAAAGUCAGCUGAACUUUCAUUCUAUCUGUUGACUUUGAGAUUGUAAGUAAUGUUAAUCUUAUAAAAUAAAUCACAACAUCUUUACACAUUAA